GAAACCGGACCCAAUCCUUCCGUUACGGAGCAUCAGGCAGAGCCCAACCCAGUGAAGGAACCACCGAUGCAGCGUGGAGAAAUUCGGGUAGAUCCGUCGAAACACAACCGGAAUCAGCAGCGGAACACAGGCGCGAUUCCUAAAACGGUUCCGAAUCGUCAAAUCAUUCCGACGACGUCUGUAGGUAAUCCUAUCCCCUCUGAACCCCCCACACUGCCACCAGGUAAGCCACCAAAAAUUAUUCUACCAAAAGAGAAAAAAUUAAAUGAAAAUAAAAUUUAAAUAAACGAUUAUAAAGAUAUGCUAGAGAAAUUGGGAUCUAUUAGCCCGGUACUCCUAAAUAUGAGUCGGGCUGAACCUGUUGGGGCUAAGCCUGUUUCUCAAGGCCCACCCCCCUCUACGUUUCCUCUCUCCACACCUCCAGAGAGGAACGGAGAUCAAUUUGCUCCUCAAGCCAAUACAGGUCCAAAUAAUAACGAUUUACAUUCAAAUGUACGUUCUAUUCCGGCACCAAGAAUGCCUGAAACUGGUCCUUCCCCCUCGCAGUUGGCCGCUCGACAAAUUAUGCCCCGCGACCUUCCCCCUUUCGCCGGUAACCCCGCGGACUGGCCUAUAUUUAUUAGUUCGUUUGUCAAUACAACCGCCGCGUGUGGAUAUUCCAGUGUUGAAAACUUAACCCGACUACAACGAUGCCUGAAAGGUGCAGCGUAUGAAGCAGUAAGAAGCCGUCUCCUUCUCCCGGAAUCAGUGCCGCAGGUCAUCAACACUCUUCAGCUUCUCUAUGGACGUCCGGAACUCCUGAUCAAUGUGCUGUUGGAUAAGGUGAGAUCGACUCCAGCACCUAAGGCGGAACGUCUAGAAACGCUCAUCGAGUUUGGAAUGGCAGUACAGAGCUUGUGUGACCAUUUGGAGGCAGCAGGUCAACAGUCCCACCUGAUGAACCCGUGUUUGCUGAUGGAGCUGGUGGAAAAGUUGCCCGCACAUGUGAAAAUGGAGUGGGCGAGUUUCAUGCAGCGAUUUCCUGAGGUGAACCUUAAGACUUUCGGAACCUUCAUGGACGGCAUUGUGGUAUCGGCCAGCAAGGUAACCCGAUAUACUGGAGGAUACGGAAAAGGAGCCAGCGUGGACAAGUCAACAACGAAGAACAGAGGGUCGAUCAACACGCAUGUUAGCCAACCGGAAGUACCGAAGAAAGAGGAUAAGCCAUGUGGUGUUUGCAAGCGGCGAGGGCAUCGGGUACGGGACUGCGACAACUUUAAAGCGCUCUCUGUCGACGACCGGUGGAAGACAGCACAGGACAACGAACUUUGUCGCAGCUGCUUAAAUGCGCACGGCAGAAGGAGUUGUCGAAGUGCAACCCAGUGUGGAAUCAACGGAUGCCCUUUCCGCCACCACCCACUACUGCAUUCCAACCGUAGUAAUCGACCGUCCAGUGGAUCAACAGCGCCCAGGGUAGCGUACAAUAUCGAAACUGCGGGAAAUCAUGCACAUCGUAUGCAGGAUCAAUCGCUGCUUUUUCGUAUAAUUCCAGUGACGCUCUAUGGACCGAAGAGAACAGUGAAAACCUUUGCAUUCCUGGACGACGGCUCGUCCUUAACACUAGUAGAAGAGGAGCUUACAAACAAGAUCGGUAUCGACGGGAUACCGGCACCAUUGUGUCUAACCUGGACGGGGAAUGUGUCCAGAAUCGAAGCUGAAUCGAAGCAGUUGCAGUUAGAGGUGUCCAGCGCUAACGGUGGAAAGCACCACCAACUGAAGAAUGUGCGUACCGUGAAAAAACUAGCUCUGCCUGGUCAGACGUUGCGAAUCAACGAGUUCGUGGACAGGUAUAAGCAUCUUCGCGGCCUCCCACUUUCCGGAUACGAGAACGCAGUACCUCAGCUGCUGAUAGGAGUCAACAACUUACGGUUUACAUUACCGUUGAAGGUGAAAGAAGGUGAUUCCAACGAACCAGUUGCCAUGAAAACCCGUCUGGGCUGGUGUGUAUACGGGGGGAUCGAUACUUCGUUGACCAUUGCCGUCAAUUUCCACGCUUGUGAUUGUGACUCGGAUCGUGCACUGCACGAACUGGUGAAGGAUUAUUUCACUCUAGAGGACGUCGGUUCCAGACCGAAGAAUGAAUUGCUGUCAGCCGAUGACAGGAGGGCUCAGCAUAUUCUGGAGAAGACCACUACACGGGUGGGCAAUCAAUUUGAGACAGGGCUGUUAUGGAGGUACGACGAAGUUGAAUUUCCGGACAGCUACGGAAUGGCUUUACGAAGACUGGAGUGUCUAGAACGUCGGAUGGUGAGGAAUCCAUUAUUAAAAGAGAAAAUUCACCGUCAAAUUGAAGAGUACCAGCAGAAAGGUUACACGCAUCGAGCUAACGAGGAGGAGGUAAAAGCAGUCGAUCCUAGAAGAGUCUGGUACCUACCGCUGGGAGCGGUAGUGAAUCCAAAGAAGCCGGAAAAGGUCCGGCUCAUCUGGGAUGCCGCAGCUGUAGUGGAUGGAAUCUCCCUCAACGCAAUGCUUCUCAAAGGCCCGGAUCAGCUCACAUCAUUGCCAGCUGUAUUGUCGCGGUUUCGCCAGUUUGCGGUGGCAGUCGCCGCCGAUAUUCAAGAGAUGUUCCAUCAGUUGCGGAUCCGUGGAAUAGAUCGACACUCGCUGCGUUUCUUGUUUCGUGAAGAUCCAACCGUUACACCAGAUGUCUAUGUUAUGGACGUGGCUACAUUCGGGGCUACCUGCUCCCCAGCAUCGGCGCAGUAUGUCAAGAACAGGAAUGCCGCAGACUGUGCCGACAAGUAUCCAAGAGCUGUCGAAGGGAUAAUAGAAAACCACUACGUUGACGACUACCUCGAGAGCUUUGGUACAGUAGCGGAAGCAGUGCAGAUAUCGGAGCAAGUGAGGGCGAUCCAUAGCAAAGGAGGCUUUCUGCUACGAAACUGGCAGUCAAACAGUGCUACCGUGAAGCAGCAAUUGGGUGAAACCACAGUCUCCUCUAACAAACAUUUGUUUCAUGAUAAAACAGCAGAAAACGGACGCGUAUUGGGCAUGCUGUGGUUAACGGACGAAGAUUGCCUAAGCUUUAGCGUACAGCUGAAGGAAGACGUGCAGCGAAUCCUGAAAAGUGAAUCCCGUCCUACGAAGAGACAAGUUCUACGUUGUCUCAUGAGUUUUUUCGAUCCACUGGGCCUCUUGAGCGCUCUCAUGGUCCACGGCAAGAUCUUGCUACAAGACAUAUGGCGCGCUGGAACUCAAUGGGAUGAGCAGAUCAGUGAAGACCACGAGGAGCGAUGGCGGAGCUGGACUGCCGUGUUACAGCGGAUUUCGACCGUAAAAGUUCCCCGAUGCUAUUUCCCGAACGCUACCCUGCAGUGCUACCGUCAGCUGCAAUUGCACAUCUUCGUGGACGCGAGCGAGGCUGCGUAUGCAGCGGUAGCGUAUUUUCGAAUCGUCGAAACAAAUGGUACGUCAAGAUGCGCCCUGGUGACGGCAAAAACCAAGGUUGCGCCCCUGAAACACCUGUCCAUUCCACGGUUGGAGCUACAGGCUGCUGUACUUGGAACUCGAUUGAUGCGUUUUACUCUGGAGUCCCACACCGUAAUAAUAACCGAGCGGUACAUGUGGUCGGACUCUACAACAGUUUUGGCAUGGCUUAGAGCGGAUCCCCGCAAGUAUAAGCAGUACGUAGCCUGCAGAAUUGGGGAAAUACUGGAGCAGACGGAUGUGAACGAGUGGUGGUGGGUACCUUCGAAGAAUAACCCAGCGGAUUACGCCACGAAAUGGGGAAGCGGUCCAUCUGUGGACGUUAAGGGUGUUUGGUUCCAGGGACCAGGCAUCUACGGUGAGGCGAAAAAUACAGAUUUCCUCACUCAAGAGGAGCUGCAGCAAGCAGAAGUGAUGCUGAUUGUGAUGGCACAACGACAGCGGUUCUCAGACGAACUUGCGGUGCUCUCACGUGAUCGUGACCGACCCAAAACCGAACGAGUGGGUUUAAGCAAAGCCAGCUCGCUGUACCAACUGACGCCAUUCGUCGAUGAAACCGGUAUUAUGAGAGUGGAUGGACGGAUAGGAGCAGCCGCAAAUGUAUGCUUCGAGGCGAAGUACCCUGCAAUUCUUCCCAAGAAACACCGACUGACAGAGCUUAUAAUAGAAGCGUAUCACCGAAAGUUCCAGCACGCCAAUUCAGAGACCCUGGUGAACGAGAUAAGACAGCGAUACUAUGUUUCUCACCUACGAGCAGUCGUCCGCAAGAUCGGGAGCGAAUGUAACGUGUGCAAGCAGCUUCGAGCGACUCCUCAUGUUCCACGCAUGGCAUCCCUUCCUCCAGCCCGCUUAGCUUCGUUCACGAGGCCUUUUACCUACGUUGGCCUAGAUUUCUUUGGACCCUUAGUUGUGAAAGUGGGGCGUAGCAAUGCGAAACGUUGGGUUGCGCUUUUCACUUGCCUUACAAUCCGUGCGGUGCAUUGUGAGUUAGUAUUCAGUUUAUCAACCGACGCCUGCCUGAAGAGUAUUCGUCGUUUUGUGUGUCGCCGAGGCGCCCCGGCCGAAAUUCAUUCUGAUAAUGGCACUAAUUUCUGUGGCGCGGUGAGACAGAUCCAGCAGGGACUUGCUGCGACGGUAACCAGUACGACAACCAAAUGGCUGUUCAUUCCGCCUACAGCCUCCCAUAUGGGCGGCGCAUGGGAGCGCAUGGUGCGCUCGGUGAAGCAGGCGAUGAUGGGUGCCUAUAACAGCGAUCGAAAGCUCGACGACGAAUCGCUGAACACGUUGAUCAUUGAAGCGGAAGCCAUUGUUAACAGCCGUCCCCUCACUUAUUUGCCAUUGGACGCAGAGGAAAGCGAGGCUCUAUCUCCGAACCACUUCCUGUUAGGAAGCUCGAGCGGAGUUCAGCUACCUGUGGCGGAACCGACGGAUAGUUCAGAAGCAUUGAAGAAUUCCUGGAGCAUGAUACAGCAUCAACUGGAUUGCUUCUGGAGGCGAUGGAUCCGGGAGAUGCUCCCAACGCUGACCAAGAGGACAAAAUGGUUCGGGGAAGAGAGGAUGAUUAGUGACGGAGACCUGGUGUUCAUCAUAGACGACGGUAAGCGGAAUGACUGGACCAGGGGAAGAGUGAUGGAGGUUAUACCGGGGGCCGACGGUCGGAUUAGGCAAGCAAUAGUAAGAACUGCGAGGGGGUUACUCCGUAGACCUGUUUCGAAGCUAGCUAUCUUGGAUAUUGGUGGUAAAACUGGGACCGGUGGCCAGUGUUACGGGGGGAGGAUGUUCCCGCUGGGCGCACUGCUACAUCUAAGCGUUUCACGGUGUUACCUCGACUUAAUCCCGCUAACGGCUGUCAAACACCCACAAACGGUUCAUAGGAUGACAACCGGAAAGAAAGAAAAAUAAUCUCCACCAUUAGAAAGUCAUAAACAGAGUAGUUGUCAGUGAAAAGAUAUAAAUUGAGUUUCUUUGAUUAAAAAUUGUUAGUGGAAUACUAAAUUGGCUCCACAUCGUCCUAUUAGUUAGAGCUAUCUUGGAGAUCCCGCGUGAUAAGAAUUUGUACUCGCUAUCACCGAAAGUAUUGUCUACCUGCGAUUCAUCAACUACCUGUCUGCCCUUGAGGACUACAACAAUGGGGAAAACCCGGUCAACCGACCCAGGCAUACCACAUGGCACCAACAAACGACAUCGAUCGGACACCGGCAAGGAGCCAAUAUUAGAAAGGAACCGCUAUGCUUUAUUGGAUGGCCAUACCGAGGAGGAACCAACUACCAGGAAAGUAAAUGUUGAGAAAAAGGUGAAAGUACCACCUUAUUUUACAACAUCGAGAGAUAUAGGAACUUUGAAGUCUGAACUGCUGGCGCUGAAAUUGCAGCCAGUUUUUAAAAUAUGCAGCAUCGGGAUUAAAAUCACUAGUCCCAACCUGGAGCAAUAUAAAAUAAUUGGAUCAUACCUGAAAUCAAAAAAUCAUGAGUUUUACACUCACGAUACGCCGUCUGAAAAACCAUUUAAGGUGGUGUUGCGAGGUCUUCCUGCUAUUGAGUUGGAGGAUAUUAAAAAAGAUCUGGAACAAUCAUACAAUAUUCAGCCGUUGGCUGUAUAUCGGAUGACUCGGCAUAAGACACCAAGACAAUGGGUAUUCCAACGUUUUGUACCUGAUCCACUUCAAGAAAGGAUCAGCCAACAUAACUCGCCUAAGAGAAAUCAGUGAGAUCUUCAACAUCUCGGUACAAUGGGACCGAUACAAACCUCAACAUCGGGAUGUAACGCAAUGUUCAAAUUGCCUUGGUUUUGGACACGGAACAAGAAACUGUCACAUGAAAACUCGUUGUGGCAAGUGUGCUGCUGGCCACUUAACAAGCACUUGCAGCCUUCCAGAGGAAGAACCUCGCAAGUGCGUUAACUGUGGCGAAAGUCACCAAGCCACCAGCCGUAGCUGCACAAAACGUGCGGAUUUUGAACGUAUCCGGAAGCAAGCUACUGAUAAAACACAGAAUAGGCAGAAGGUUCCAGAACUUACUGAUAAGGAGUUCCCUCCAAUGGUUUCACGCACGAUUCCUGUUCUUCCUCCUCUUCCACUUCCUACAGGUCGUCCCCAAACGGCCUCUUCUAGCGAAAAGCCAAAAAAGGAGCAACCGAGCUAUAGUAAGGUUGCAGCUAUUGGUUUACCACCUACACCAAAACCUUCACCUCAUUCCUCUUCUACUGAGGAGCUUUAUAGCAUGCAGGAACUUGCAACCCUGUUUCUUGAACUAGAUCGACAGACUAGAAGUUGUCGCAACCAACAGGAACAAGUGCAAGUCAUGCUACACUUUUAUU